AUGGGUGACUUCUCGCAACUGGUGCAGGCCCAGGCAUUGCAAAAGGCGCUCUCAGAACACCGGAUUCAGGGAGUCAUUGUCCAUCCCAGGCUGGGACAAUCCAUCACCUCGAACGUGAAGGAGCGCCUAGAAACCGCCGGCCUCUGUUUCGCGCUGGGCACCUUCAAUUGGGGCGAGGUGACGAGGAACCGCGUCCGCGGCGCAAAGGAGCUGGAGAAGUGGGAAGAGCGGAAGGGAGCCCCUCUUCCACUUCCUAUUAGCAUGCUCCGCAGCAGGGAAAAGUUCCGCCAGAAGACAUGCGGCCAGUUUUUUGUCCGGCGGAAUAUCUAG